GUAAAACAAAUAUGAGGAAGUAAAACAGCAUUCCAUAUUUUCACUUUCUUUUUUUAGGUGCUUAACACUACCAGGACAAGGAAACAAAACAUGUCAGAAGAAAGGAUAAAGAAAAAUCUUCCAUCCGUUUCUAGCAAAAGAGUCUCUGAGAUAAGAAUUAUCCUGAUCGGGGGUCGAGAAUAUUCUGGACAAGCGUCAAGUGGAAAAAGCUCAACCGGAAACAUCAUUCUGGGCACAAAUGCCUUUGAAGUUGGAAAAAGAACAGCCCGGUCUGUUAAAGCAGAAGCAGACGUACAUGGAAGACGAGUGACUGUGGUUGACACCCCAGGCUGGUGGUGGCAUUAUUCUGUGGAAAACACUCCAAAGUUUGAUAGACUAGAGAUAAUGAGAAGCCCAACACUGUGUCUUCCUGGACCUCAUGCCUUCCUUUUGGUCAUUCCUUUAGAUCACAGGUUUUCAAAUGAUUAUAGAAUGGCUUUGGAGGAACAACUGGAGUAUUUCUCUGAGCAUAUCUGGAGACACAUUAUAGUGUUGUUCAGCUCCAUUGCUCCACAUGAAGACAGAUCUGUCAAAGAUCAGCUUAUAAAAUGGCCAGACCUCCAAAUGGUUCUAAGGAAAUGUCAGAACCGAUAUCAUGUUCUUAAUAUUAACAACAGGGAUGACAGAAUUCAAGUGAUCACACUGCUGGAAAAAAUUGAUGAAAUGGUAGCACAAAAUAAUCACAGUUACUUAAUAAUCAACAAAAGCAUAUCUGUAGAGGAUAAAAAAGAGAAAGCAAAAAAAGAAAGAAUCAAAAAGAGAAUUCUUGCUGUGAAGAGACAAGGGGUUGAACGUCCAACACACAUUAAAAGUGAGGAACAACAUCUCACUGAUAUACACAUUGUGAUGGUUGGAGCAUUGUCGGGUGCAAAGAGUUCUGCUGGCAAUCUCAUUCUAGGCAAUGAAGUUUUUCAAGUUGGUGAUGCAGGAAAAACAUCGUGCUGUGAGGUUAGUCACGCUGAAGUGCAUGGGAGGAUGCUGACUGUGGUGGAUACUCCAGGCUGGUUCUGCAAACAUCCUCUUGAAAGUACACCAGUGUUAGACAAACUGGAGAUUAGACAUAGUGUUUAUCUAUCUCCACCUGGCCCACAUGCUAUUCUGUUAACUGUUCCCAUUGUCACAGCAUUUAACAAAUCUAUAAAAAUAGCAUUGGAGGAACAUAUGGGUCUUUUAGGGAAGAAGGUCUGGAGCCAUACAAUUGUGCUGUUUACCUGGGGAGAUUGGCUUGGAGAGACAACCAUUGAGGAGCGCAUUGAAGUAGAAGGAGAGCAUCUUGAGUGGUUAAUGGAACAAUGUGGGUACAGAUACCACGUUUUUAAUAGUAAACAGCAUACUGACAGCACACAGGUCACAGAACUCCUUGAGAAGAUAGACAAAAUGGUGAUGGAAAACAAUGACUGUCAUUAUGUGCCAGAUGAGAAGAUCAAUCCAUCCACCGAGCUUAAGCUGAAGCUAAAGAAAUCCAAAAUAAAUAUGAUGAAAGUGCGAAAACAAAAGGAUAUUCUUCAAGAGCUGCUUAAAGAAAGAAAAAACAACCUCUCAGAUGUGAGGAUUGUGCUUCUUGGAGCUGAAGGAGUUGGGAAAAGUCUAUCAGGAAAUACAAUUCUGCAAAACAAUUUUUUUGAGAUGACACUAGAAGAGGCAUUUAAAGUCCAGAGAAGAACAAGGCAAUGUGUCAUGAAACAGAGCAAAGUUGAAGGAUGUCAUGUCUCUGUGGUUGAUACACCAGGCUGGUCAACAUCAAACUUGGAAAAUGCUAAAGAGAUUUUACGCAGUGUGCAAAUUUGUUCACCAGGUCCACAUGCAUUUCUGCUAGUGCUACCUCUUGACAAGACUUUUACAAAAAAAUCUGAACAAACAGUUAUGGAACUCAUGAGCCUUUUUGGAGAGCAUGCCUGGAGACACACAAUAAUUAUAUUCUUUGGACUAUGGCUGAAAGACAGACCAGUGGAGCAGUACAUUGCCUGUGAAGGAGAAGCUCUGCAGAAGCUCAUAAAAAAGUGUGGAAACAGAUAUCAUGUAUUAACUUACUUGCAUAUUAAAUCUCAUGUUCUUAAUUUGCUUGAAAUGGUCGAAGACAUGGUGACAAGAAACAGAGGGGAAUAUUUCACUCUAGAAAAUGGUGGAAAAAAGGCAACAUCAGUCUUCCGGUGGUUUACUGGGAAGUUACUCACUGAAGAGGAGUGGAACAAACGUGAGGAUGAACUCAUAGAGAGAAUGCUGGAGGCCGCAGUUGCAGACCUAGAUCAAGAAUCCAAGCAUCCAUCUGCCAGACGAAAAGGAAGCUUCGGCCAUGUGAUCCCUAGUAUGAGUGGAGAUUCAUUGUACGACACCACUAGUUCAGUUGGAGCUGGCAUUCUGAGCCCUGCAGACAAAGUAUCUCGAUGGCUGAGGCAUCCAAGAAAUAAAGCACUAUCAUCUGGAUACGACACCAUGAGCACUGCAUCAAGUUUUCAGGAAUUAAAACCGGACAGUAACAAAGACAUUCCACUGACCCAAAACCACCUUAGUGAAAUGGACACUCCAAAAUACACAAGAAACACAAGAAAACAAAAGCAUACAAGAUCAUUCUCAAUAUAGAAUCAAUGUUCUCUACUACAAAUUAUGUGUAAUGUAAAUUAAUAGUGUAGGCUUUCAAUCAACAUGUUAUAUGUGUUUUAGUUCCUUUGCAACAAUUUCUGUAUAUGACUGAGAAAUAAUAUUCAAAAUAUUGCUAGUCUAAAAAAGAGGUGUGCUCAUUGGUGGUGGGGCUAUUUUGAAGAACUGAAAAUAGACUGUGCCACAGACCAACUCAAACCUGGUCUAAAGUCAAUGUCGCAGUAUUUUUUGUUAUUUGACUUUGCCUAUUACACACAGGGACAGCAGCACACAUGCUUAAUAUUUAAAGCUAAAGGAUUACAGUGUAAAGAAUAUUAUUGUGUAGGCUACAUACAUAUAAAAUGUUCAGUCAUUGCAUGUAUCAGAAUUAACCCUUUUGCACGAGCAGGUCAGUUUCUUAAAGGGAAUGGGAGAUGAGAUUGGUUUAUUGCAUGUUAUGCCCAAAAAACACCCAUUACUCAUUAAGAGAAUAGGUACAACCCAUUUCAACUCUGCACCUAGGAGCACAGAACUUUUUCCCAUCGUUAAAAUGUGAACACGCCCAGAGUGCACCUGUGCCGUGUGCUAUAGACUUUGAGUUUAGAUUGUUAAAACUGGGCCGAGUAUGUUCUAAGUAUGAAUACAAGUGAUUAUUGUGCAAUAAAUAUAUCUUGUAAGUUUCAGAAUUUAAAACAGCUAACAACAGCUUACACUGGAGUCAGUCUGCCAAAACGACAGCUUUUAUAAUCUACUCUAUGAUGUAAUACUGUCAUGUAUUGCUCUUCAUUAUUGCCUUGUCUGUUCUUGUGGUUAGCUUAAUAUGUACUUUAUGUGUUUUUCACAAUAUCUUAAGUUGUACAAUAAAUACAUAUAAUAAAUAGUAAUAAUUAUUUAGCUCA